AUGAAUAGUGAUAUUGAUAUCCAUAACAACAAUUCUACCAACUUUUUCAAUUUGAAUAUCAAAAAAAUCAUUGGUACUUCAGCUAAAAAUCCUCAUCAAUUCUUUAUACAAGAUGAUUUAAUAGCUUAUACUGCCAGUGGAGGAGUUGUUGUUUGUACCAUUGAUAUUGAAACUAAUGAAGUAAUAGCUCAACGAUUCUUUUGUGCCAAUAUUAGUUAUACCAACCACAGUACCCACAACAGCAACAAUAACAAUAACAACAAUGGUUUGAAGAAAAGACGAUCAAUAAUAGGAAGUGGUACUUCUUCAGCUAAUGCAUAUUUAAAUAUGAUUAAAAGUUAUGAUUAUUCAGAAAAAGAAUUGAAACGAGAUUUAUAUGGUUAUCCGAUUAAUUCAGAACCAAUGGAAAUUUUUGGUACUUCAAUUGAAAAUUUUGAUGAUAAUUAUACUAGCAACAACAAUGAUGUUAAUGGUAGUACUAAUAAUGGCACCAGUGGUAAUAUAUCACCAUCGAAAUUAAAAGAUAAAGUUAGAUCAAUCAAUUGUAUUACUAUAUCAUCAGAUAAAAAAUUAUUGGCCAUUGGAGAAAUUGGUUAUCAACCAAGAAUAUUAAUUUUUUCAUUAGCAGCAAAUUCCAGUGAUAAUCCUAUUUGGUCAAUUUAUGAACAUUCAUUUGGAAUAAAUUCAUUGAUUUUUUCACCAAAUCUGAAAAUUUUAUGUUCUUUAGGAUUAGUUAAUGAUGGUUUUAUAAAUCUUUGGAAAAUUGGUGGCAGUAAUAAUACUAAUACUAAUAAUAAUAGUGUGAAUUUAAUUGCUAGUAAUCGAUGUUCAAAUAUUGUUCAUAAAAUAGUUUGGCAUGAAAAUUUAAUAAUCACUUUAGGUUUAAGAUUCAUUAAAUUAUGGAAAUUUGAUGAAAAUGAUUCCAACUGUACUGGCGGUAUUUCUAAGAAACCAUUGGUUUUGAAGGGGAAAAAUGCAAUUUUGGGUAGUUUAUUAAAUGGAAAUUUCAUUGAUGCAAGUAUAUUAAAUGAAGAUGAAUUAUUAGUGAUUACUGAUACAAAUCAAUUAUUAGCUCUUAAAUUAAACGUGGAGAAUCCUAAACUUGUCAUUUUGAAACCCCCUGAAUAUGAAUUUAAUUCAAUUGUAGUGGAUUUCCAUUAUGAACAAGUUUGGCUUAGUACAGGGAAUAAUUAUACUAUUAAAUCAAUAUCCUUUAAUGAAUUGGUACCUUAUAACAGCACUGGUGGUAGUUCCAAUAAUGUGAUUAUCCCAUUGAGUUCGAAAAAACUGAUCACGGCAUUCACAGCUAAAGAUAAUAACAAUACGAUUUCAAGACCAAUUAUUCAAAUUUAUGAUUUUUCGAAAACUCAUCUUGCAUUUUUAACUGAUCAAGAAGAAAUUAAAUUCAUGAAGAAAGAUAAUAGUGAUAGGGAUGGGAUCAAUGAAAAGGUUUUGGCAACUUCUUUAUUGAAGAAUUUUGCUGGGAUAAAAUAUACUUAUCUGAAAGAAUUUUUAGCAUUUUCCCAUCAAGGGAUAAUCAAAAAAUUUAUUGAUUCAAGUGAAUUACAAGAUAUAAUCAAAUUUAAUGUGAUUGAUAUGGAUAUUGUCCCAGUUUCUAAUAGUGUAACUGCUAUUGAAAAAAAUGAUCACAAUACAUUAUUUAUUGGUGAUAAAUAUGGUACAUUAACAAUAUUGGAAUUAUUAGACAACAACAACAACAAUAAUAAUAAUAAUGAUUAUAAAAUUUUAUAUCAAGUGAAAGCUCAUUCUUCGACAAUUAAUGAAAUUAUUUAUUUCACAUUUUCAAAUCAUCAAAUUUGUUGUAGUAUAUCUCGAGAUCGAAUGAUUCAAAUUUUCAUUUGUCCAAUCAAUGAAACCAAUUGGGAUUUAUUACAAACAAUACCCAUUCAUAAUGGGAAUUUAUUACAAAUUAUUCAUUUACAAGAUAAAAUUUAUGUUUGUUCUCUGGAUAGAACCAUAUCAAUACAUAAAUUAGUCUUUGAAGAGAAAGAAAAAGAACAAGAAGAACAAGAACAUAGUUUACGAUUAUAUCAAGAGAAAAUCAUCACGUUAAAAUCAACACCAUUAUGUAUGAAAAUAUUUGAUAAUGAUUUAGUGGUAUCAACUAAUGAUAAAUCUAUUUUAGUAUUUGAUAUUGUUAAUAAUUUUGAAUUGAAACGAACAUUAAGAUUAAUUAAUGAUAAAAUUAAUGAAAGUCUUUUAGUGGAAUCAUUUAUUAAAUAUCGUAAUUUAAUAAUUGUUUGGUCUAAUGAUAAAUCAUUACGUGCUUUUCAUUAUCAAAAUGGUAAAGAAGUUGGUGUAGCAUGGGGGCAUCUGGAAUCAGUAUUGGAAUUAUAUUUAUUUAAUGAUCAUGAAAUAAUUUCAAUUGGGAAUGAUGCAUGUUUAUUUUGUUGGGAAGUAAUUGAAAAUUUGAAAUCAUCGUCAUCGUCAUCUUCAAGUUCAAGUUCUUCUGGUUCAUCUGCUGGAUCAGUUAUUUCUCAGGACAAUAAUGGUAAGGAAAUUCCUGAAAAACAAAUUUCAGCUCCAUUAUAUACCAAAGUGACAAGAAAAAUCUUACCAACAGCCCCAAUUAAACCAGUAGAGAAAGAAGGACAAAUCACUCCUACAAAGAUUAAUCCAACAACAACAACAACCAAUAGUCCUAUACCUAAACUUACAGCAGCAACUUUGAAAAGAUUAGUGGCCAAACAAAAUGGUGCUGGGCAUACCAUUUCUCCAUCUCGUUCAAUUAGUCCCAUUAGAUCUAACUCAUUUCCAAAUUCAAACUCAAAUUCGAAUUCAAACUCAAGCUCAGCAUCAACGUAUUCUGCUCCAGUUAAAUUAUCAGUUCGAACUCUGAAUUUUUCGAAAUCACAAUCACCAUCAAAGACUCCUGUGAUUAAUACUACUUUCCCAAAACGAUCAACUUCACCAACAAGAGCUGAUACCAAUAAAGCUAAACCAUCUCAUCCACCUCAUCAACCACCAUCAACUAUAACUCCUCAUGUAUCAAAUUCAUCACCAACACCGACAUCUCGUCCAAUUGUGAAGAAAAUCGAAAGAAAUAAAAAUUUAUUAGAUAAUACGUUGGGGAAACUAGAUGAUGUUGCCAAUGCCAUAACUAAAUGUAAUGAUAAUGAAAAACAAGUUAUAAAACAAAAAUUACAACUGAUUCUUUCAUUAGUUGAUAAAUCCAAGUCUAAGCCUAAACCUACUAUUACUAGUAGUAGUAGUAUUAUUGAGGAAGAAAAGCAAGAUCAAGAAUUAUUAGAAAAAUAUAGUGAUAAAUUAAUGAAGAUGAUAGAAAAAAAACUUAGUAUGACACUGUUAAAUCAGAAUAAUGCAUCCACUUCCUCAUUAUCAUCAUCAUCAUCAUCGUCGUCUUGUUCCUCGCCAUCAUCACCUACACCAGAAGCAUUAACUAAAGAAUAA